UGAAAUUUCUCCCCUCUUGCUUCCAAAUUCUUGGUACCCCUCCUCCCACUCUGCCACACUCUGCCCUCGACAAAUUUUCCUUCUCUUUGACCUACAAAACAACCAACCAGCUAGUCGUCGGUGGUUGUUUUGCGACUCUUUGCAUUUUUCUACUUUUCCACUUUCACAACAAUAGGUCUUCUCUAGAAGAGAACCAUUAGGGUGAAUUGUGCGACAACGAAGUGCAAUCUAGGUCACUUCUUCAUCGACACAAAUUCGUCACCCCGCCUUGAACUUGAUCAACUUCGCCAGUUGUUCAAAAAUAAAAAAAACACAUAGCAGUAUUUCUACGACAAUACCGCCAAGAUGGUCAACUUCACGAUCGACGAGAUUAGGACCCUUAUGGACAAGCCUACCAAUGUCCGUAAUAUGUCCGUUAUUGCCCACGUCGACCACGGCAAAUCUACCCUGACCGACUCUCUCUUGGCUAAAGCCGGUAUCAUCUCCACCGCAAAAGCUGGUGAUGCCCGAGCUACAGAUACAAGAGCUGAUGAGCAGGAACGUGGUAUCACUAUCAAGUCCACUGCCAUCUCCCUAUAUGGCAACCUACCCAGUGAUGAUGACAUCAAGGACAUUGUCGGCCAGAAGACCGACGGCAGAGAUUUCUUGAUCAACCUGAUCGACUCCCCUGGUCACGUUGAUUUCUCAUCUGAAGUUACUGCUGCUCUCCGUGUCACUGACGGUGCCCUUGUCGUUGUCGACACCAUUGAGGGUGUCUGUGUCCAGACCGAGACUGUCUUGCGACAGGCUCUUUCUGAGCGCAUCAAGCCUGUUGUCGUCAUCAACAAGGUCGAUCGUGCUCUUCUCGAGCUUCAGGUCUCCAAGGAAGACUUGUACCAGUCCUUUUCGCGAACCAUUGAGUCCGUGAACGUCGUCAUCUCCACAUAUCUCGACAAAUCCCUAGGUGACCUCCAGGUUUACCCUGAAAAGGGAACUGUUGCUUUCGGUUCUGGUCUCCACGGCUGGGCCUUCACCAUUCGUCAAUUUGCCAUGCGAUAUGCCAAGAAGUUCGGUGUUGACCGUAACAAGAUGAUGGAGCGUCUAUGGGGUGACAACUACUUCAACACCGCAACCAAGAAGUGGACCAACAAGGGUACCCACGAAGGCAAGCAGCUUGAGCGUGCUUUCAACCAAUUUAUCCUGGACCCCAUUUUCAAGAUCUUCUCGGCUGUCAUGAACUUCAAGCAGGAUGAGAUCGCCACUCUCCUCACCAAGCUUGAGCUCAAGCUACCCACCGAGGACAAGGAUAAGGAAGGCAAGCAGCUAUUGAAGGCUGUCAUGCGAACUUUCCUUCCCGCUGCUGAUUCUCUUUUGGAGAUGAUGAUUCUCCACCUGCCUUCUCCUGUUACGGCUCAGAGGUAUCGUGUUGAGACUCUGUACGAGGGUCCCCCUGAUGAUGAGGCCGCUAUUGGUAUUCGUGACUGUGACCCCAAGGGUCCCCUCAUGCUUUACGUGUCCAAGAUGGUGCCGACCUCUGAUAAGGGUCGUUUCUACGCUUUCGGUCGUGUCUUCUCCGGUACCGUCAAGUCCGGUCUUAAGGUCCGCAUCCAGGGCCCCAACUACACUCCCGGAAAGAAGGAGGACCUUUUCAUCAAGGCCAUCCAGCGUACCGUCCUGAUGAUGGGUGGCAAGGUCGAGCCUAUUGACGACAUGCCCGCUGGUAACAUUGUCGGUCUGGUUGGUAUCGACCAGUUCCUUCUCAAGUCUGGUACCCUGUCUACCAUUGACACCGCACACAACCUUAAGGUCAUGAAGUUCUCCGUGUCCCCUGUCGUCCAGCGAUCCGUCCAGGUCAAGAACGCUCAGGAUCUACCCAAGCUAGUCGAAGGUCUUAAGCGUCUGUCCAAAUCCGAUCCUUGUGUCUUGACGUCGACCUCGCCGUCUGGUGAGCACGUCGUUGCUGGCGCUGGUGAGCUGCAUCUUGAGAUUUGCUUGAAGGAUCUUGAGGACGACCAUGCCGGUGUUCCUCUGAUCAUCUCCGACCCCGUUGUCCAGUACCGUGAGACCGUCGCUGGCAAGUCAAGCAUGACUGCUCUUUCCAAGUCGCCCAACAAGCACAACCGUAUCUACAUGGUUGCUGAGCCUAUCGACGAGGAGCUUGCCAAGACGAUCGAGGAGGGCAAGAUUGGACCCCGUGAUGAUUUCAAGGCCCGUGCCCGUACUCUAGCUGAUGACUUCGGCUGGGAUGUCACCGAUGCCCGAAAGAUCUGGUGCUUCGGUCCCGACACCGUUGGCGCUAACUUGUUGGUUGACCAGACCAAGGCUGUGCAGUACCUGAACGAAAUCAAGGACUCCGUUGUCUCUGGUUUCCAAUGGGCGUCGCGUGAAGGACCUGUUGCUGAGGAGCCCAUGCGUGCUGUCCGAUUUAACAUUCUUGAUGUUACUCUACACGCUGAUGCCAUCCACAGAGGUGGUGGUCAGAUCAUCCCCACUGCCCGACGUGUGCUGUACGCUGCUGCGCUACUUGCCAACCCGGCGCUCAUGGAGCCCGUCUUCUUGGUUGAGAUCCAGGUGCCUGAGCAGGCCAUGGGUGGCGUGUACGGUGUCCUAACCCGAAGGAGAGGUCACGUCUUCAACGAGGAGCAACGUCCUGGUACUCCUCUAUUCACCAUCAAGGCUUAUCUACCCGUCAUGGAGUCUUUCGGCUUCAACGGUGACCUCCGACAAGCCACCUCCGGCCAGGCUUUCCCUACCUUGGUCUUCGACCACUGGCAGAUCCUGCCCGGUGGCUCGCCGCUCGAGAAGACCUCCAAGGUCGGACAAAUCGUCGAGACGAUGCGCAAGCGCAAGGGCCUCAAGGUCGAGGUACCCGAUUUCAACAACUACUACGACAAGCUAUAAAAAGUUUCUCUCGAUACUUUAUAGACUACGACCUAGUGCCAAUUAUUGGCGAAUAUCAUGUGGCGACUCGGUACUUUUCCCCUGAGUUUGUCGGAUGGAUAAUACGAUCUUUUAGAAGGUCAGAAAGAAAUAAACUGCGGCCGUGGAUACAGAAAAGCUAUGAAAAUGCACUGCGCAGGAAACUUUCAAUAGCUAUCGUACAUCUGGUUUGCUUGUACUCUCGAUGCAAUUAACGAUUUUUAAGACAAUUAUUAUAUGAUGUUAGAUGUGACUGUUGCUUGUUUACAUGUUUGCGUAUGACUUGAUGGCAUGUAUGUGUUUGAGUUCAACUACUUCCUACUACCUACCUGCAUAGUAUUUCCCCUUGCUUCUGAGAGUAGAUGAUCGUGAAGCUACAUCUAUAUACAAUGUGAGAGAGAAUAAAUCUAUUUGAAUUGGC